GUCUCCAUGGUUACAACAUCCUGACCUGCAAACACACACUCACCUUGGUUCAGACUGAGAAACAUGCACAGGUCGUACCAGCCGUUCAAACCCGUCACCAACCGAUACCUGCAGCAGCGAUGGGACCAGAGCGACUACGACACCCACCGCAGGAAGGUAAGCUCCGCCCUCCCUCUAGUGGACACCAGGGGCACCAGGACACCAGCUCACAUCCAGCUCAAACUGAAGAAGCUGCAGCUGCAGGACGAGCGACGGUCGACCAUCGACAGAGAUAAUCGCCUCCUGGCCUCGAGACUGGCCGACAUCGUCUGCUCUAAAGGUCUCGUCGACAAUCACAACCAGCACCACCUGAGGAGUCUUAACGCUGACAAGAGGAGGGAGGAGCUUCUGCUGGUUAGUCGCCAGAAUCAGGCCAUCUACCAGCGGAUCACGGCCCGCCAGUCGCAGUAUCGCCGCCAGCUGUGGUUGGACGACUGGGAGAGGGCGGCGUGCCGGCACGAAAACAUUUCCCAGUUCCCCAGAGGCCUCACAGAAAAACAGAGGUCCAACAGAAAGGUCACGUUUACGGCCGUGCAGGACGGCGGGCGAUCAGCUGGCUGCAGCAAGGCCGACGCCAAGGAGGCUGAGGGAGGAGCCUGAGGGACAAACAAACUUGAGCAGCAACACACACUCACACACGCACGCACGCACACACACACACACACACACACACACACACACACACACACACACACACACACACACAUCUGCAUCAGAGCUUCACACCACGACCUUUCUGUUGAGUGAUGAUUUUAACGAGUGAGUUUUACGUUGUUUUCCUGUCAUUUGAAUCCAAAAGUCAAAUCUUCUGAGCUCUGUCAUUUAUCAUGAAACUGAACUGAGACGUCACAUCUGAGUUCUUUUAUCAGCAUGAGGUGAAAACAUGAAAGCACAGUUCUGUCCACUGGGUGGCAGUAAAGACAUGUCUCACUGAGG